UGACGUUUCGUGUUUUGUUUUGUGUUUUCAUGGCUUGAGUCUGGGUGAGAAAAUUGCAUUUUUCCGUGGCUUUCCUGCACCACUCGGUCCAGUAUUUGCGUGAACCUGCCCCAAAGCAUCCCCGCCGACGAUGAAUAUCUCAAUUGAGCGCAAGAAGCCCGAAAUGUCAACGCUGCAGCGCGACAAGGUGGACGUGUACUACAUCAGCCGAGGCGGGAUGCGGACUGACGUGUCUCUGGUGCCGCCGAUCAGGCAGACGGCGUCGAUCUUCAAGCAGCCGGUGACGGUGUUCAAGACGCAGGAGAGCAAGGUGAAGUCUGAGCUGAAGCACGGCGUGCAGGAGCGGCCGAAGCAGCUGUUCUGGGAGAAGAGACUGGAGGGCCUGCGGGCGUGCGACGUGGAUGGGCACGAGUUCACGGCGAUCGAGAUGAACAAGGGACUGAAGCCGGUGGGGCCGAAUGUGACGGAGACGACGCUGCUGCAGUCCAUCGCCACAUCCCUGCACGUGUCCAAUCACUCAGUCACCGGCCAGACAGCCUCCAGAUCCGCGCUGGCGGCCAAUCCGGGUGUGUUUCUCAACGCCGACCAGCCCCUGAUGUACUCCUACAACAUCAGCGAGGAGGACAUCCGGCGGCAGGAGGACAGAGUGUCGUCGGCGCGGAAGAAAUUGCAGGAAAUGCUGAAGAAUUGAUUUGGCGGGAGAUGCUCCGCCAGCGCCAUCUCGCGGAAUUGGCGAGAAGGUGUGGUGGAGAUGUGAAAAUAAGACCAGAGAGGAGAUCGCGGAUUUCUUAAUUUUAUCAUAAAAUAGUGUAGUUUUAUGCUCAAAUAAAGGGUAAUCAUGAAUA